UUGCCCAGUGACUUGCGGAGGGGGCAACAUAAAGGUUUACCGGACAAGAAGUAAGAUCUUUAGCAUCGGUGGAAAAUCACCAGUCUGUCGAGGAGUAUCAGAGGAACAAAAAACCGACCGAUGUAAUACCCAAAGAUGCCAAAGUUGUGAAUGGUCUAGGUGGAGUCGUUGGAUACCCAGUAAUGGUGGGCGUUGCCCAGUGACUUGUGGAGGUGGCAUAAUACCUGUUUACCGGACAAGAACUAAGAUGUUCAGUACUGGGGGAAGAUCACCAGUUUGUCGAGGAGAAUCUGAGCAACGAAAAACCGAACGAUGUAAUCCUCAAGGAUGCCGAACCUGUUCGUGGGCAAACUGGGAACCGUGGAUCGCUGGUUUUUGUUCUGUAACAUGUGGAUCUGGAUCGGAGAUUCGAACGCGACUGAGAAACAAAGUAUGGAGUACAAACCAACAGGGAUCUUCAGAUUGUUUCGGUAAUCCUACAGAGAGAACUGUUGUAGAAUGUACAAGGGGUCCAUGUACAGGUUGCCGAUGGAGUGAUUGGAGCCAAUGGGAUAAUGGCCCUUGCACACUGCCCUGUGGUGGAGGAACCUCCACUAGUACCAGACGAAGGACUAAACAGCUAAAUGUCAUUGGUGGGGCACUUACCUGCCCAGGAUCGGAUUUUGAAAUGCGGACAUCGCCAUGCAACACCAAUCAAUGCUGUCAAUGGUCCAUGUGGGGUUCUUGGUUACGUAGAGAGGGAUGUUCGGUAACAUGCGGAGGUGGCAAUAUAAAUGUUUACCGAACGAGAACAAAGACGUUCGGCACCGUCGGGAGCUCACCAUUUUGUACAGGGGUUUCGGAGGAACGAAGUACAGAACGAUGUAAUAUUCAAGGAUGUCGAACCUGUUUGUGGUCGAACUGGGGACAGUGGGUCCCUGGUCUAUGUUCUGUAACAUGUGGGUCUGGUACUAUGACUCAAACACGAACAAGGAACAAAAGAUGGGGUACAGACCCCGAAGGGUCACCAGUUUGUCUUGGCAGUGCUACCGCUACAACUGUUGUAUCGUGUAAAAUGGCUUCAUGCACAGGUUGCGGUAUCUGGGAACCAUGGGGACCCUGGAUAUGCCAACAAGACUUGGGUUUAGGUAAACGCACCGGGAUAACAGGAGGGAUGCAAGGAGGAUGCAGGAUACCAGGAAGGCUCGUUCGAACAAGGAUAUGUCCAAUAUGCCCAGUAGGCCGAAGUGUUGAUGAUGAACAUAAUGACCGUCGAAAAAGACACGGUCUCGGUUUUUGUGGAGGAGUAUCGAUUGAAAGAGGUGCCGCGUGCUGUGUCCUAUAACUCACCAUACUGACUUGAUGACGAAUUAUCAAAUUCCUAACUUCAAAUAUCAUAAGUUGAUGAACAGUUACGAACCUCACUCAAACUUAAUAAUACAUUUCGCUGUAAUCUCUGACAAUGGAAAUAAAUUAAUAUUUUUGAUUCAAAA